UUCAAAUUCUAAGCAAACACAUACACAUAACACAUUGACAUAAUUGGUCCAUCCAAUUUUUUUUCUUCUUUUUCUCAUUUGAAAGAAAAUGCAGUAUGAAUUAAGAGAGGGUUUUCGGCGUAUAUAAACCUCUGAAAGUAUCUCUCGAUCUUCUUCUCUCGUCUCACAUUCCCACUCUUUCUCCGCCCCCACCUUCCCCAACAACCACGUUUCAUCCCAGUUUCCCGUUUGAUAACAACACCGCUAACGGUUGGACCGCCCGGUCCGACCCGUAUUCAAUUCCACUAUCCCUCACAUUCUAACACUUCUCUUCGCUAACCUUCAACAUCUCGUUUCAGUAAAACCCAAAUGCCUAAAUGCCUCUUUCUGUAACCACAAUAGUCCACUCAAUUUUCAAUCUCGUCGUACUCACCUUCUCUUCUCAACUCUUCUUCCUUCCCUCAAUCACUAUAAAUCAUGGUUACUCGAUUAUCAACAAAAUUCAUGAACAUCUGCAUAUCCUCAAUGUGCAAAUCGAACCAAAUACUAAAAGCCGAAGUUGUUUUAAUAGACGCCAUCAAGCUAGGAGUUCUCCCAGACACUGUUACAUACAACACUUUAAUCGACGCGUAUUGUCGUUUCGUCAGCAUCGAUGCAGGUUACACCAUUCUAUCCAGAAUGAAAGAAGCAGGAAUUAACCCUGAUGUUGUUUCGUAUAAUUCUUUGAUAUCAGGUGCUGUUAGAAAAUGUUUGUUAUCAAAAUCCCUCCAACUGUUCGACGAAAUGCUUCAGUCAGGAAUUAACCCGGAUGUGUGGAGUUAUAAUAUAUUAAUGCAUUGUUUGUUUAGGCUUGGUAGACCUGAUGAAGGGUAUAAGAUUUUCAGGGAUAUAGUCGAGCGUGCUGAAAUGUAUCCUUCUAUGGCGACUUAUAAUGUUAUGAUUAACGGGUUGUGCAAAAACGGGUAUGUUCAUAAUGCACUUAUGUUGUUUAGGAACUUGCAGCGUCGUGGAUUUGUUCCUCAUGUGUUGACUUAUAACGCGAUGAUUAAUGGGUUGUGUAAGGGUAGGAGGUUGGCAGAUGCGAGGAGGGUGUUGAGUGAGUUUUGUGAUUAUGGGUAUGAGCCGAAUGCGAUUACUUAUACCACGGUUAUGAAGUGUUGUUUUAGGUGCGGGAGGUUGGAGCAAGGGUUGGAGAUAUUGUCGGAGAUGAGGAGGAAAGGUUAUACGUUUGAUGGGUUUGCUUAUUGUACUGUGGUUGCUGCGUUGGUGAAGACUGGGAGGAUUGAGGAAGCGGAUGAGAUUGCUGGGAAGAUGACGAGUAAUGGUUUGGUGCCGGAUCUUCCUUCGUAUAAUACGAUGAUUAACCUUUUUUGUAGGCAAGGGAAGUUCGAGGAGGCGUUGAAGUUGGUGGAUGAGAUAGAGAAACAAGGACUGAAAUGUGAUCAGUACACGCACACGAUUAUAAUCCAUGGAUUGUGUAAGAUUGGCAAUUUUGAGGGUGCUGAGAAGCAUUUGGAAUACAUGAAGUCAUUGGGUUUUGGUUUUAAUUUGGUGGCAUUUAACUGCAUGAUUGAUUGUUUGGGUAAAGCUGGUCAUAUUGAUCAGGCAGUGAAGGUUUUUGAUAGUAUGGAGGUUAAAGAUUCUUUCACUUAUACUAUUUUGGUGCACAACCUUUGCAGGGCAAAAAAGUUCCUUUUUGCUUCAAAGCUUUUGGUUGCUUGUUUGAAAUCUGGUUUUCAGAUCUUAAGGGCUACUCAAAGAGCAGUUAUUAAUGGUCUAUGUACCGCUGGUUUUGUCAAUGAAGCCAGGAAAGUUAAGUCAAAAAUCCGGAUGGCUCGAUUGAUGCAUUGAUUACAUACAUGGCAGGUGCUAUGUUGAACUUUGGGCUGUGCAUUUAUUAUUGGAACAAUGUUAAGAUAACAAAAGAAUGGCAUUCUGAUUCUGAUACAUUAAUUCAGUGAUUUGAUCACAGUAACCAUCACUCAAAGGGAGAAUGUUAUCAUUAUGCUACAAGGUGUUUGGUAAUUUACUGAUAAACCCGGCCAACUACUAUAUCUUUUGAUGAUUUUUGCUUGGUCUUACUGGAUAAAUACCUUUUUGUUGUAUUUGCUUAGCAAUGUUGACUAAUGAAGUUCUCGUGAAAAAUGAAAAUUAACACAGGUGUACAUAUAAAGUACAAAAUUUGAGAAAUGACAAAUUUGAGUGUAUUUAGGUGUUUUUUCUCCCUCCCCAUUUUAGGAAGGUAGACCUUAGAACUUUUACAACAUAUCAGGAACUAUCUUCUGACCUUGAGAAGAUAUUCAGGUGUUUUGCCCUAGGUCAAUGUGGUUCCCAUGGAGCUCUAGGAAGAGAAAUGUUGAUGAGUGCAAGCCCAGGGACCUUUUGCAUGGUUCAGAUUAUGUUCUCCCGUAUGAAUAUAAAGGAUGUCAUUGAUUCUUGCAGAAGGCUGAAAAUCGUGAAGGAUUCUGAUGCCAUUGGCUUAGGUUGCCUUUAUUCCAGUGAAACAAAGUGCAUUCAAGGGACUGUAGUGACUAGUGAGAAGUGAACUGCUUCCAUUCCGUAAAAAGCAGAAGGCUGAUUAGUUUGUGACAAAAGCAAAUUGUAUUGGAUUGGUCUUUUCAGGAAAACAGAGAAUUUUUGGUGAAUUUAAUAAAAGAGUCUUUACUAAAUUAGAAUAAUCUUGGACUACUAGAUAGAGCUUUUGUUUAUCAUACUGAACAGCUAAGCAUGUACUAAAUCAGUGAAUGGUGUCCUCAUUAAACCAUUUCCCAGUGAAGAUCUAGUUCAAUUGUUUGAAUAAUUUAUAAUAGCGCUGAGCAAAAUUCUAAUUUCAAAUCUGAUUCUACUUAAUCUAAAUAAUAGAUAUCACUCUUUUCUUUGUUAUAUCCGAUUUUAAUUAAUCUAAAUAAUGAAAUUUUAUUCUAUUUAUUCUAUCAUAUACUGGUCA